AUGACGCCCUUGGAAUUGCGCCACAGCGCGCACGUGGAGUCGGCACCUGCCGUCGGCAUCCGUACCGCAGAAUGCCGCAGAAUGCCGCCACCGAGCAUCAUCCCGGCAGUGGCAGCAGUGGCAGUAGCAGGCCCAGCGACGCUCGGCAGCGGAAUGGCGGCGAUAGAGGCGCUGGAGGCUGCGUGUUGCACCCAGGCAAAAGAGAGGUCCCCAGCAAUGCACCCAAAAAAGAUUCAGGCGGCAGGGAGCGACCUAGAACCGAAGGAGGAGGAGGGCGAGGAGGAGGAGGGCGAGGAGGAGGAGGACUUCAUUGAUGUCGAAGAGGAUGAGGAUGAAGAGGAGGAGGGCGUCGGCUCGCUCGCUCGUUCCGUCGUACAGGUCCGCACGUUGCACCGAGUGCCAAACUUCAUCCGGCCGUGGGAAGAGGGCCAUGACGCGGAGUCGAGAUCCAGCGGCUUCGUGGUGGAGGCGGGGGUGGUUUCGGAGUCGGAAGGCCCCCCGCGGCGGCAGCUGUUGCUGAUGACCACUGCUGGUAGUGUGGAGUUUGCUCGCAAGGUGGAGGUCUGCCGGGCAGCAGAUGACGCCAUGCCGUACACUGCCUCUGUGGUGGCCGUGUGCCUGGAUCUAGACGUAGCGCUCCUACGGGUGGACGAGCCAGGGUUCUGGGGGCCGUACGAUAGGGGCACAAGCGGCAUUGGUAGCGCCGCUAGGGGCGGCAGUCGCCGGCGCAGCCGCGGACGCCAGGCAUCUGCCGUACACGACGAGGAUGAGGCUGAUGACGACGGAUCUAGCAGUAGCAGCAGCAGUACGGCACUUGUACCGAUACAGCUGGACCGUGGCCUACCUCACCUCCGAAAGCCGGUGGUGGUUGCAGGCUUCACGCUGGGCGGCGGCAGCCUGUGUUUCACGCGCGGUGUGGUGUCACGCAUUGAGGUGGUGGAGUACUCCCACAGCGGGCGGGCGCUGCUGGCGCUGCAAGUAGACGCGCCGCUCAACAACGGCGGCUGGGGGGCGCCCGCCGUGUGCCCCGCCAGUGGCCGGUGUGUGGGUAUGGCCUUCCAGAAGUUCACCUCUCAGACGUGGAUGGAGAGGUAUGAUGACGUGGCGUCCGAGGUGUACCAGGACGACGGGGGAGGAGAGGAUGGCGACGGCGGCGGCGACGGGGGAGGGGGAGGGGAGGAGGGUGACGGCGACGACGGGGGGGGAGCUCCUGGCCAGGAGUACGACGAGGACGCUGAGAACAUCGGCUAUCUGGUCCCCGCGCAGCUGCUACAGCUCGUGUUGGACGACUACAGCCGCCAUAUGUCCUACCAGUACGCAUUCACAUCAUCCUCACCGCACAGCCCUCCUCAUCCUGCUACUGCCACCACAGCCGCCGCCGCUUCCCGUCGCGGCCUCAGCGGCACCGGCGCGAAGCGCGGCAAGGGCAGUGGCGGCGCACGCGCCGCCACGGCCGCGGCUUCGGGUUCAGAUUCUGGGGUUGUGACCCGUGGGUCUGCUCCGCUGUACCUGGAUGGGCGGCCGCGGCUGGGUCUGCGGUACCAGCGCCUGGAGUCCCCGGCGCUGCGGCGGUCUCUGGGGUUAUCCCGUGGGGAGUCCGGUGUCCUGGUGACGGGUGUGGACCCGACAGGCUCAGCGGCAGGGGCGGUGCAGGUCCAUGACGUGCUGCUUGCGGUGGGCGGUAGGCAGGUAGCCAACGAUGGCACCACUCUGCUCUGGCCGGGUCAGCGAGUUCUGUUCGGCCACUGGCCGGCAGUUGCGCAAGUGGGGGAGCUACUGACCGUCAAGGUGCUCAGAGGGAGGACGCGGCUAGAGCUCCAAGUCAGGCUUCGUGGCGCGGGUGACUCCUUCCUGCCCGUGUCCCUAGGUCCCUCCAGGCGGCCCAACUUCCUGGUGGUGGGGCCCUUGGUGUUCACCGCCUUCUCAUUGCCGCUGUGGUACGAGCUGAGCUGGUCGCGGCGGCACUUGGCGAGCGCUGCAUCACGGCGGUCCGUCCACUCGGGUUUGGUGCCCAUACUGGGUGCCAUGGAGUGGGGCCUGCCUGCGGAAGGUGAGGGUGAGGAAGUGGUGGUGCUGACGGAGGUGCUCGGCUGCGGGGAGGAUGGCGGCGGAGAGGAAACGUCCUCCUCCUCCUCUUCUUCUUCUUCUUCUUCUCCUUCUUUGGGAGGGGCCCUUGAAGACGAGCAGACGACAGCGGCCACCAUCACCACCACCACCAGUGGCAGUAGCAGUACGGUGAUUACAGAUGGAGGCGGGGGUGUAGGUGAGGAGGCGGCGGCAUGGUCGCGGCUGCUGCAAGGUCCCAGUCGUCUGGCCUCUGUCAACGGUCAACGGUGCCGUAACCUGUUCCUGCGCUUCUGUUUUGAGCCUGGUGGCGAUCGCGGUGUCGACAGUGAAAGCAAUGCGAGUAGCAGCGGCCGCAGCAGUGGCAGUGGCGGUAGUGGUGGUGGUCCCGGGGUAACCCGGGGGAGCUGGCUGGCGGUCCUGGACUCGUCCCGUGUCGCCGCCGACACGCGGGCGGUGUUGAAACACCACUCCCUGAGUGCGGCCAUGUCUGGGGAGCUCAGGAGACGUUUGUUCACGAACUGGCCCUUCGAGUCGGGUGCCCCGGCCAGCGGCACCCCCCGACAGCGGCGGCGGCAGGGCCGCAGGGUGGGGCUGUCGGGGCGCAGAUGCGUUGAUCUGUUGUCCACGUAA